AUGAGAGUUGGAUGUCUUCAAUUCGCACCCAAGCUGGGCGAGGUGCAUGGGAAUAUCCGCAAGGCAGACUCUCUGCUGCAGGAUACCUUGUCUUCUGACCUCGAUCUUCUAGUCUUGCCAGAGAUGGCAUUUUCGGGUUACAACUUUCCCAAUCUAGAAGCCAUCCAACCGUUUCUGGAGCCUACAAACAAUGGCCCUUCAGCAGAGUGGGCAAAACGUACAGCUGCAAGGUUGAACUGUGUAGUUGCCGUCGGAUAUCCAGAAAUCACACCGGAGGGUAAACGUUACAACACGGUAGUCAGCAUUUCACCAGACGGCAAAGUAGCAGCCAGCUAUAGGAAAACCUUCCUCUACUACACAGACGAGACAUGGGCAUCCGAAGGCGACACUGGCUUCUACAACGGCACACUCGGUUCACUCGGUCAAGCCUGCAUGGGCAUUUGUAUGGACAUCAACCCUCGACGCUUCGAAGCUCCUUGGUCAGCAUAUGAGUUCGCAAACCACUGUGUGGAUUCGGGUACGCCUUUGGUCGUCUUGUCCAUGGCUUGGUUGACCAGACUGCUGCCUCAGCAAUUGCUAGAAACUAGCUUGCAACCGGACCUCGAGACUCUGAGUUACUGGUUGGAAAGAUUCGUGCCAGUGGUGCAGAGCGAGAGAGAAGGAGGGAUUGUGGUAGUGAUGGCCAACAGAUGUGGCACUGAGCCUGGCAUGGUAGCAGGUGUCAGUCAGGGUGUUGAUGACGAGGGUCACGAAGUUGUGGGGUAUGCUGGAACGAGCUGUGUGAUGGUGGUCGAACAAGGAGAAGUCAGAAUCUUUGACAUCUUAGGCAAGGCAGAGGAAAGAUUGCUCAAGAUUGAUACUACCGAGCCUCCUCAAUUCGCACUGCGCGCCAAAGUGUCGUGA